AUGGGUCGCUUUGUUAUGCUUGCCGUUGCUGCGGUCGUCAUCGUUUCGCUCUACUCGUCGUAUCCAGUCGCUGCAUAUCCCGUCGCGGGAGGCUGGUCUGUCGUCAAAGAUGCAUAUAAGAAUAAAGACGUGCUGGAGCUGGCCAGAUUUGCCGUCGAACAACAUAACACUGAUAAGAACACCAACCUCCGGUUUGAUUCCGUCACAGCUGCAUGGCGCCAAGUGGUGGCCGGCCUCAAGUGGAGAAUCGUCCUGCGUGCCGUGGACCCUGCGCGUUCCGCCACCAAGGGGCGGGCACCUCCCAAAUUUGUGGCAGAGAUUUGGGAAAAGUCGUGGGAAGACUUUCGCCAAUUGCUAUCUUUCCAGGAGGUGACGCCCUCUGCAAGGCGCAACUCACUGGAUUAG